CAGCUGGGCCUGGGUGCCAGCAGCAUUCCUCGCUCUCCCUGCAGGGCGAACAUGGCGGUGGGGGGGAUGAAGUGAAGCCGCCGCCGGAGGGGCGGGCGACGGGAAAGGCGCACCAGCAGCAUCCGAGACGCCGGAGAAAGCGGGAGAGCCAGGCCCGCUGCAGCCGAGCAGAAGGAACCACCGCCGUCGUGGGGGGGGGGGGGGGAGCGGAAAAUCCAAAUUAAAGGACAAAAAUCCACCACAUCCUAACAUUUUCAUGGAGAUCACAACCCCCCUGCCAGCAGAGGAGCAUCGGGGCUCAUUUGACCUGAGACCCUUGCAUCAAAAUGCUGAUAGUUGAAAAGACAACUGACUAUCCUACUGCUGAGUAUUCUCUGGUGGAAGAUGUAGCCCUCCAUUUCACAUGUUUGAUGGACAGACUGAACGAACAGCGCCUGUUUCAACCAGACCUGUGCGACGUCGAUAUUGUCCUGGUGCAGCAGAAGAGCGUCUUUCCGGCCCACAAGGGCGUCCUUGCCGCCUACAGCCAGUUCUUCCACUCCCUCUUCACCCGGAACAAGCAGCUCCAACGGGUGGAACUCUCCCUAGAGGUCUUGACCUCUCAAGGCCUGCAGCAGAUCCUCAAUUUCAUCUACACCUCCAAGCUCUUGGUGAACGCGUGCAACGUGCAGGACGUCCUGAACGCCGCUGCCGUGUUGCAGAUGAACAACAUUGCGUCUUCCUGCCAGGAGCUCAUCACCACCAGAUCGCUCAGCUUGGCCAUGGCAAGCAAUAUGGCUCUGCCUCCAGACACCUGUGGCAAAAACGUCCCAUCGCAGUAUUACUGUGACAUCAAGCAAGAAAUGGACCCCCUACACCCCAAGAUCUAUGCUCGGGAGGGGAACGACCCAUUUUCUGUGCGGGUGGAGGAUGGUGCAGCGUGUGGAGGCAACCAGAACCUCCCCCCUGCAGCCGGCAAGAAGUAUUACAAGGAAGAGAAAGAUGGAGGCCCACCUGUCUGCAAGGUGGAAGGUGAAGAGUCCGAGGUGGAUCUGAGCAACCGGGGCUCUUAUAACCAUGGCGAGCAGAUCAUUGUGGAAGUCAACCUGAACAACCAAACCCUCAAUGUCUCCAAAGGAAUGGAAGGGAUGCCCACUGCUGUUAACCCAACAGCCGCCAUUGCCUCAGUGGUUGGGCGGCCCAAAGGGGAUGGGCGCACCACAGAGGAGGAUGGAGAGGAGGAGAAUGGUGAAGGAGAGGAGGAGGAGGAGGAGGAAGCUGAAGUGGGAGAGGAGGAGGAGGAGGAGCACAGUGAAGAGGAGGACCUGGAAGAGACCUCUGAGGAGGAGGAGGACGACGACGACGAUGGUGAAGAGGCGAGUGAGAUUAAAAGGGAGAAACCCGGGCAGCCUCACAGGCCCAGCAGGUCAUCCAAGGCCACCAAAUCCGCCAUGUCCACCAGAUCUCAGGAGACGGCCAAGGUUGUUGUGGCCAUGGAAGAGGAGGAGGAGGGUGAGGAGGAGGAGGAAGUGGAGGAGGAGGAGGAAGACCAGAGAGGGAGGAAGAGGAAGAAGGAGCAGGAUGGGCUCGGCCAGAAGGUCAAGCUUGAGGAGAAGCAGCAUUAUCCCUGCAAGAAGUGCCCCCGGGUUUUCAACAACCGUUGGUACUUGGAGAAACACAUGAACGUCACGCACAGCCGCAUGCAGAUCUGCGACAAGUGUGGGAAGAGGUUUCUGCUGGAAAGUGAGCUGCUGCUGCACCACCAGACGGACUGUGAGAAGAACAUCCAGUGUGUCACUUGCGGGAAAGCCUUUAAGAAGCUCUGGUCGCUCCACGAGCACAACAAAAUUGUCCAUGGCUACGCAGAGAAGAAGUUCUCCUGUGAGAUCUGUGAGAAGAAGUUCUACACCAUGGCGCACGUGCGGAAGCACAUGGUUGCUCACACCAAGGACAUGCCCUUCACCUGUGAAACAUGUGGGAAGUCAUUCAAGCGGAGCAUGUCCUUGAAGGUGCACUCUCUCCAGCACUCGGGGGAGAAGCCUUUUAAGUGUGAGAACUGCAAUGAGAGGUUCCAGUACAAGUACCAGUUGCGCUCUCAUAUGAGCAUCCACAUCGGUCACAAGCAGUUCAUGUGCCAGUGGUGUGGAAAGGAUUUCAACAUGAAGCAGUACUUUGACGAGCACAUGAAAACACACACAGGCGAGAAGCCAUACAUCUGUGAGAUCUGUGGGAAAAGCUUCACCAGCCGGCCCAAUAUGAAGCGGCAUCGCCGGACACACACGGGAGAGAAGCCCUACCCCUGUGACGUUUGCGGGCAGCGCUUCCGGUUCUCCAACAUGCUCAAGGCCCACAAGGAGAAAUGCUUCCGGGUCAGCAACCCCGUGGCCUCCGAGCCCAGCAACAACGGCGGCGGCAGCGACGCGAACUCCCUCAGCCUCCUGACCCCCCAGAGCGCCGCCUUGCCCCACCUGACAGCCGGGCUCGCUCUUCACUCGACACCGCACUCCCACGCGCUCCCUCUGCCGCUCAUGCACGCGCAUGCUCAGAGCAUCCCCCCUCCUCCACACUUACCGCCUCCUCCGCCUCUUUUCCCAGCCAGCAGAGUGAACUUGAACAACUAGGCCUGGCCCUUUGGCUGCACAUGCACAUAGGACUGGUCUGUAAUUCAUAGGACGCUUGCAAGCUGCUUCAUGCUCUGUUGUAGGUUAACGGAACUUCUGCACACAACCCUUCCACCAGAGCUCCGCUGGAGAGUGACCUCCAUUCUGUCAAAGACCGGUGUGUGGGAUACCCAUUCAAACCCUAUGGAAAUGGGAGGCGCUUGUGCAGAAGCAGCAAUGCAGAGGUCACGGGUGCCUAGCCUGAGGCUCUCCAACCAUUGUUGGGACCACAACCCGCAUUAUCUCCAGCCACAGUUGCAGCUGGGGAUGAUGGGAGUUGUAGUCCGAAACCAGCUGGAGAGCUUUAGGUUGGCCACUCCUGUUACUGGUGGAUUUGCCCUGUCAGCAUAUGGAACCAGUAUGCAUACAUGGGUCCAUGUGCAUGAAGAACAGAGUUCCAUUGGAUAUUUGUUUUGGGGGCCCUCAUCCCUGCCCCCCCCAGCCCCCCCCCUCCAGAACCUGGUGCAUCCUUUUCAGCUAAGACAUCCAGACCACUUUGCCUCUCUACAUACAUGUGAACUAAAUCAGGGCUGGCCCCUGGAAGCACAGCCAUAACGUGAGAAAGGAUGCAAAAGAUGCAGCAAAAGAAGGCUGUGGCUUGGAAAAGGUCGAGACGGUGCAAUAAAUGCGAAGCCAAAUGCCACAGUAUUGGACUCCUGGGGGAAGAAGGAUUGACGUGAUUGAGCCCUUUGCUGACUGGAGUGGAGACCUCCCAGCAUGACCCCGCCCAACGACCUCUUCGAAAGACUAGAGUCGUGGCGGACGUUGGGAAGGGGGGAAGCACAAGUCCUGCCCUGGAACUUCAGUCGCAUGUCUGAGUUUGGAAGACAGACAGACAAGGGGGGGGUGUUGAACAGAACUCAGCACUACACAUGCCUCAAAUGCCUGGCAUUUGGCCCUGUGUUGCUUUGGCAGCCUUCAGUCCCCAUUGUCCAAAUAUGCCAAGAAGGAAAAGAGGAAGAAGCGUGUAUCGAUGACUCUCCUUUAGCGUGAAACUUUUUUUUUUUUUUUUUACAAUGAAGCACUUUAUUAUGUAUAGAUCUGGCGGGGCGGGGUGGGGGGCGAGGGAGAAUCGGAACUCUAAUACUUUUAAUUCAGAAGCAUCUUAAGAAAUAUGCUAGGAAAUAUAUUGUGACUUCCAUUCUAACAGCCGUGUAUAAUCUCCAUAUGUUUUUAUUUCUAACUUGCCAGGGAAGCAGUACUCCGUCAUAAACGGUCACAACCACCACCAUUUCUGUUUCUCGGUUCUAUCUUUGGGUCGAAGGGGAGGUUCUGGCCAUUGCUAGUUCAGUAACAUUUUCUACCAUUUUCUCUCUCUCCCUUUUUGAGGGCCAAAACUGCAUCUUCCCAUGCGGACUUUAGCCCUCUUCAGACAUUUUGUUGUAUGAUGCUACGGACGUCUGUACACUUGUACAUUUGUGUGUGUGAAUGACUGUACCUGUACUCAUUUUACAAGCGCUCCUCAGUACAGGCCCACAAAUGCAUGGUACAGGUUGAAAGUGCAUUGCUGAGCUGAACCUGUGUCCAACCUAACCUGCCAAUAACUGCACCUGUGUACAGAACUGUACCUGUGUAUACUGUAUAGUUGUUGUACGAGUGUUGAGCAUAAUGUCUGAAUAGGGCUAUUCUGGAAACGAGCUGGCUAACCAGACCCUAGUCCCUGCAUGCUUCAUGGUCCUGCCCUCUGCUGCCCCCAAGUUCAGCACUUGACUGCAGAGGUGGGUGCUCAACCUAGGCAUAAUGGGGCAGAGACUUAGUGUGGGUUGACAUAAGUGUGUGUGGGGUGUGUGUGUGUGUGUAAUAGCACGGAGAGCCAUCUCGCUCUCAUCUCCCCCACCCCCCCCACACUGGAUACAGCGUACUCAAGAAUGAAAACCUGUGCAGGGCUCAUGUUGUGUGGCAGAUGUGCUCUCUGCAAAAUGCCAGAGUGAGGGCAAGAAGGGACAUGUGGAGGGAAGAACUUGUGUAGGAUGGAAUGCUCAGGGAUUAAGCACACACACCCCUUCCCCUCUGGGCUCAGAAACUCAAAUAUGAGCAAGGAGGGGUCGGGGGAAGUGGAUUUUUGGGAAGAUAAUCAGCAGGCUGGGAAAGGGUUCAACAUCCCCUUCUCCUGCUCACUGGUUCUCCCCUUAAAGUCACCCUGCCUCCAUAUGACUUUAACUGUGUCCCAUGAGGUGAUACACAGUGCUGUACAUUUCCAAAGAGUAUCCAAUGGCCAGAAAAUCAGGGUUAUAACCACCAGGUAGAGGAGACCCAACAGGUGCCCAGGGUCCCUCAGAUACAUUCUAGCCAGGAGCUCCUGGCCUUGGGUCACCAGCGUCGGUGUACUAUAAUUCCCAUCAUCCCUAGCCACAGUGGCGUAAGGGAUGAUGGGAGAUGUAGUCCAACAACAGUUGGAGACCCCAGUUUGAGAACCUCUGUUCUAGACCCCUUUCCUAAAUUUUCUGCCUUCAUUUCCUCCCCAAAGUGUCCAGUUCUUGCAGAAAUAGAAGGAAAAAUGUGCCAGCAGUAUUGGACUUCACUGCUCAUGGAGUAGUAAACCCUGCUCCAAAUAGUUAGUACUUUGCUUUUGUUUUGUUUUGCUUUUUUAAAAAAAUGUUGGCAAUUGUUUUUAUAAACCUUAACCCUAUUAGACUAUUUGAUUUAUUUAUGAUGGUGUACCUCUACUCUGAGGCUCUUUCUCAUCACAAAGGUUGUGGCUGAGGUCUUGCCAAAAGUAGAGAGCCAUUUCUCCCCAAUGAAUGAUCCCAUGUGUGUUCACACACUCUCACACUAAGGGCUGUGAGUGUAUCGCAGGAAUUAUGCACUUUGGCUUAACCCAUCCAGUCUGAACCAUUGACUUUUGUGUUCUGUAGCACCCUUCAGGAAACUCGAUAAGCAGCCAGGGGCCACUUUAAGCACUAAAGUUCCUGAGAACUGGUGUAAUUUAAUAGUUAAGAGCCUGAGCUAUGAAUCAGGAAGCCCUCAAUUCAUAUCUUGCCUCUGCCAUGAACUCAGUAGGUAGCCUUAGGCAAGCAACUCUCUCUCUGCUUCAGUUCCCCAUCUGCAACAUGGGGGUCAUAGUACCACAUUUAUCCAAACAGAAGAUGACUUUGAAUUUAAGCCAACCCCCUUUAAAAAUAGAGGUUAAACGAAGCUGUACCAUACCUGUAUUAACCUGAAAGGAACUUAAUUUAAUUUAAGAUGACUCCUCAAUUUCUAACAUCAGAGAACUUGGGGGGGAAAACCUAGUCUUGGAUUCAGGUAAAGAUGGUAUUGACCUACCUUACAGGAUUGUUGUAAAGAUUUCAACAAGAUGAUCUAUGUGAAGCACUUUGCACGCUUGAAAGCAAUAUAAUAAAUACAAAGUGUUAUCAUGAUCAUCCUCCAGUUUUAGUGAAUUCAUCCUGACAUGUUUAUGCCAGGCUGAAUUGGUUGCUGUCAGUGGUGUGACGUCAGAAAUGGCCCUCCUGUGUUUGGGUUUCUUUAGAAGCCAAUGGUGCGGUAAACAGAUCGUUGUUGCCAUAUAAACUGAAAGAGAAAAAGCCAAGAAAACAAAACCUGAGGAGAGGAUGGAUCUAAAGGGAGAGAGAAGUGACAGUGUAUAUUGAUCCACAGAGGGAGUCUUCAGCUUGAAAUGAAGAUUGUGUGUCCCACUCAAGAAAUUUCUAGUUAAAUAAUCUCUGGAUGAAUAUAUUUGUGUUUCUGUAUUGUAGGCGAUGCUUCAGCUUUUUGCACGAAACAGGGAGGGCUGAAUUGAUUACUGUUUGGAAGAAAAAAAACCCACACACAUACACUCUCUCUCUCUUUUCAGAUGAAUUCUGCUUCAGGAAUUCUGCUUUACAGUCUUUCUUUUCUUCCCCUUCUUCUCAGAGGGAAUACUGCAAGAUUGCUAUAAGGUUCUUGAAACACAGUGUUUUUUCUUUGGGCACUAUGGGUCUGCUGAAGAUGACAGCUAGAAAGCAUUUCACUGGAUGAGAAUCGAUCAAAGAUGCAUUUGGUAACCAAUUACCUGUAGUUGAAGAGGUUGGACUGCUUUGUCUAUUGUUUUUUAGAGUUCUGGACCUGCACUGUAAGAGGUGAAAUGUUUUGCUAAACCAUUACUGGGAAUAGCAGAAGAAAAUCUCAACCUCUUGCUAGUAGGUGGAUUAAUUUUCAUCAAUAUCAGUAUAGUUUAUUGGCUGACCCCAAAAGGGUCAUGAUCUGUUAUGCAAACCCAUGACUAAAAAUAUGGCAUACUGGAGGCUGAACUCCAGCUGGUCUUGUCUGGAGCCUUGUGUGUGCUGUGAUUCAGAGAGGAGCACAGGGAAAAAAUGUAGGUUGUGAUGAUGGUUGCAGGACCUCAUGAGAAUCUCAACUUGCAUUUUUUAAAAGUUACUAGUCCUCAUGGCUGUGGAGAUAUGCUUGAGAGUAUUUAGGGAAGGCCUACUGAAAUCUUGAAAGCCAGAGAGGUGGCUGAGUAAGAUUUUCAGGGACGGAGAGUGGGGUGUCCGUGUGCUUGCACCUCUCAUAAGUAACGAAUCUAGAAUAAAUCAUGCAACAUGGGUUUCAGAAUAAAUUGCACAAAACAAGGAGUUAUGCAAGUGGACUUAAUCGGCAUCAUGUGUACAGGUCCCGGAAUACGGUGGUGGUUUUGGCUCAGAACUUAUUUGCCGGGGUGCAAAAUUUGAAUUUUAUUUUAUCGCCACUGAGUACACUCAGUCUGCCAGCAGUAUGGCAACUAUCUUGUUUAGAACGCCUUCUGAUCUGAAUCUCUCCCGUACCGAGAAUUCUAGCGCCAGGUUCUUUCAGAUGGAAACUGCUGUAGGAUCUCUUAAGUGCAUAGUAUCAACUAAUCUCUUGGAUCCGAAAUUAUGGGAAACAGUUGCACUAAUAGCUCUUUCCUGAGCUGUCUUCUUAGUUGCCCUUUGUGUUUUACCCAGUCGCAGGAUAAAAUCCUCCAAGGAGUGAAUUCUGGCUUUCUUGACUGGUCUGGAUUGCUGGGAUCACCCCCUCCCUCCACUAUGGCUAUAUCAAAUAUUUAUAUACCACUUUUCAACCAAAGUUCCCAAAGUGGUGUACACAGAGAUAAAUGAAGAAAAUGGCUCCCUGUCCCCAAAGGGCUCACAAUCUAAAAAAGAGACAUAAGUACCCAGAAUGUUGGGGGGCAAUAUGCUAAAUCAUUGUAAACCGCUUAGAGAGCUCCAGCUAUAGAGCGGUAUAUAAAUGUAAGUGCUAUUGCUAUUGCUAUAAGAUAGACACCAGCAACAGCCACUAGAGGGAUGCUCUGCUGGGGUUGGAUAGGGCCAGUUGCUCUCCCCCUGCCCCCCCCCCCCAAGAAAACCACUCCUUUAAAAAGGUGCCUCUUUGCUCAGUUAGCAGGGAGCUUGUAGUGGGUGAUUAAAUCUGGUUUAGCUUAGAUUCACUGUUAAGGUGUUUCAAGUUGACUAUGAUGCCUUUGUGGCCACUUCCAGAAGGUAGAACAACUAGUGGACUGGUUAGGAGCCUCCUGUCUGCAGGCAGUCACCAUCCUCUAGUUUGGUGCCAGGAGCACCUGUAACCACUAGGUAUUAGGAAGCGUUCCUGCCCUUUCACUUAAGGUCUUUUUUUAAUAUGCUAUGUGGGAGAAAACCUGGUUUUACAACCAGAUGUCCUCUUGACUGGGAGUGAUGGCCAUUCCUGACACUCUACGGCAUGUAACAACGUGUUUUUGUGCUCCAAAAAUAGGUUUAGCCCAAUCCACACGUUAUCUUCAACUGUGUACACAGGUACAGAUCUGUAUGCAGGUACAAUUAAAGUAAAGUGUGCCGUCAAGUCGAUUUCGACUCCUGGCACCCACAGAGCCUUGUGGUUUUCUUUGGUAGAAUACAGGAAGGGUUGACCAUUGCCUCAUCCCUCGCAGUAUGAGAUGAUGCCUUUCAGCAUCUUCCUAUAUCAUUGCUGCCCGAUAUAAUAGCAGUGGGGAUUCGAACCGGCCACCUUCGGCUUGUUAGUCAAGCAUUUCCCUGCUGCGCCACUCACACAUUAUUUUGAGCACAGGUACAGCAGUACCCUUGCUACCUGUAUCCUGCAUUUUGGGGGGCCUGUACCUAGAUUCACUGUUAAAAUUAAUGCAGGUGUAGUCAUUCGCCUAAAAAACAUGUACAGACAUCUGAACACACGUACAGCAUAAUGGCUGAAUAGGGCUUUUGUCUCAUUCACACCUAGCAUGUUUUUAGGAGGACACCUAAAUAGAUAAAGUGAAAAGCAGCCCUUAGCCUAGAACAGAAAAGGCUUUAGGCAUAGCCUGGGAGGGCUUUGGCCAAAUUUGUUCCAGUCUCCAGAGAGUAAAUGAAAGAGCAUUUUGAGGAGGCGAAUGCUCUUGUUUUUCUUCCUCCUUUAGAGGUAGCAUUCAGUAGAUGUUAUCUGUUGGGGGAGGGGUCUCAAUGUGUUUCACGAACACUAUUUUGGUAAUGCUUAUAACAGCCCUAUAAGGUAGACCAGUGUGCUCCUAUUAUAGAGACAUAGGAAGCUGCCAUAUACUGAGUCAGACCCUUGGUCCAUCUAUCUCAGGAUUGUCUUCACAGACUGGCAGUGGCUUCUCCCAGGUUGCAGGCAGGAGUCUCUCUCAGCCCUAUCUUGGAGAUGCUGCCAGGGAGGGAACUUGGGACCUAGAUGCUCUUCCCAGAGUGGCCCCAUCCCCUGAGGGGAAGAUCUUCCAGUGCUCACACUUCUAGCCUCCCAUUCAUAUGCUUAGCUAAGGGGACAAGUCAAGCUUGCUACCACAAGACCAGCUCUCUCUCUCUUUAAAUAUGGAGGGGACAGUCAGAACUUGAAAGAUAAUUCAAAGAUUAUCUGAUUGAAAGAUUUGCCCGAGUCCAGCCCAUAAAUCCUAGCUCAGGUAAAAUCUGAACAUCCUCUUGGCUCGAAGCUUGUGCUCUUCACCACUAUGCUACACUAGUCAAUGAAGGCAUAGAAUAGAAACCGAAAAGGCACAGAACACCUAGGGAGAGAUGAUUUGCAGUUUCUAAACCAUGCGUCACUUGUGAAAGGGAAAGAAAGACUUGCAUGUCCAGUAUGCCUGUACAAAGAUUCAGUUUUGAAGCGCUGAAGCUGAAUCAUUUGCACCAGGCCCUGGAUGGAGGCCUGCUCCACCUCCUUCCGUCCGUGCAGAGUGGUCCACGCACAGCUCAAGGAAGGGCCCUUACAGGGAAGCAAGGUGAAGCCGCAAGAAGUCUCAGUGACCCUGUGGGAAGUUCCACAGGGCAACCCUGAGAAGUAUGACAUUUCCUAUUGCUCUUCCCAUGCGGCUUCCAUGAUGUCACCGGAAGUCCCCACAGUUUUGCUUCCCUUCUAAGGGCUCUUCACAGUGCUGUGCGUGAACCUCUCUACGCAGAGGUAAGUGUUUCCAAGUGGGGCCAGGAGAGGCGUAUAAAGAUUUGGCUUCAAAUUUUGCACGGGCCUCAUUCCCAGAGUAGGGUUGAUCCCCAUCUUUCCUGCAGUGUUACAAAGACAGGUCUGCAUGCAAAGAUAUGGAAAACAUGCCUGGCAGUGUUGACCAACUGCAUCAUCUGAGUAUAUCCUGCAUUUUUGCACCUACUAAAGAUUUCAAAAAGGGCAUGAUUGGUUUCAUGUGGGAUGGCCAGGAUCUCUCUAUCUGUGAUCUGAUGAUCUUGCUGGCCUGUUAACAUUUAGGGUUUUUCUAUAGACAGCUUCUUGGUAAGGAUUCCAUUAAAAAAAAUUAUUUUAAGGAAAUUUGAAAUGAGCUUAUCGUGCUGAGGACCUCUUACCUAUGUGAACCACAAACAUUCCUAAUGCUCUUUCCCCACUCUCAAUUGGGUGCUGUUUCUUUCAGUUCACAUGAAACAUUUGGCGGGGGGAGGGGCUUGCUUAGCAGUCACCAUAAUAUUCUGUUUUGUUAGGUUUUAUAGGAAUUGGAAAACUGUUUUCAACCAUACACCUAAAUAAAACUGAAGUUUCCUGA